UGUUGACAGCUGCACAGAAAAAUCGUCGUCGGCGUCGACGUCGUCAAAAGCGAUCGGUACCAGCCCAAAAUACAGUCGAUUCAAAUCCCAUAGAUGUGGACGAUGAUGAGUCUGUCGAUGAUAAAAUCGAAGAGAAUGAUAAAGAGCGAACAUUUUCGCCCAAAGUUAAUUCAAAAUUCAUUAACGAAGAUGUGGAAAUCGAGACGGCAAUGUUAUUGAAACAUUUAACCAAAGAUACUGAAUUUACGCUUAAAAAAGAGCGUGCAAUUGAGUUUUUCACAUCAAAUUUAUCAGUGGAUGACAUAAAAGAGGUGGAAAAAAUCGACGAACCAAAAAAUGUCGAUCAAAUUGAUGUUAUGCCAUCGCCUGAAAUGCCACCGGAAAAUUAUCAAGAUGGACCACAAUUGGCACUAUCUUAUUUGAAUGAUGAAAUUGAAGCGCUUGUCGUGCCAUUUGAUAAACGAACCACUAUUUUAUUUGAUGAUCAACAAAUUUACAUGCCCAAACUAACAUUGCCAAAAGAAUUUCCGCUGGACGUCGAAAGCGGUGAUGUGAAAUUCAAACGAAAUUUAAUUGAAGAAGGACAUUUUUUGAAAUCAAAGCCAAACAUUUGGACCAUGAAUCGUGCACUAUUUAUCAAUCGAUUGACUGAAGAAGGUGCAUUGCAUUGGUAUGAUUUUGAUCAGAAAGAAAUUCGAAAUCUUUGUAAUUUAACAUUAAGUCGACGACUCAUAAAAACAUUUUGUGCGGAAAAAUUUCAUCCCAUCGAUUAUCCACCGAGUAGUGUUUGUCUGGAGUUGGACGCAUUUUCAAUUCAAGAUCGAAUUUUAAAAAUUCACAUCAAACACAUUGACUUCGAUGUACAUCCAAUAUUUAAUAAUGAACAAAAAUUGGCCAGAGAACUUGAAUCGCUGCACGAUGAAUAUAUUGCAAUGAAACAAAAUGAUAUUCUCAAGAAAAUUGAAACGAAAUUGAAAAUUUUACGCCAACUUCUCGAUACGGUGAGAAAAAAUAGCAAAAAACAAACAACCGUCGAUCAUUUGCAAAUUCAUCGAGACGAAUUGAAAGAGUUGCGCUCAACAUGGCACAUUGAGAGCACAAAAUAUCGUACGCUUAUGAAAAGAAUACUUGAAAAAUGGGCCGAACUGAAGAAGUCAAGAGAUGGAGUAUCAGUUCCGAGCACUUCAUUGAAAUUGAUAAUUAAAGCACGCAAUCCAGAUGUUGAGAACGACGAAUACGAAUGGAGUCAAAAGUUUGAAUUAGAACAUCAUGAAAUGAUGGAAGAAGCAAUGGAAUUGUAUCGCAAACAAAAAGCCCAACGAAAACUGUAUGGCAAACGUGGUUCCAAGUCCGACAUUGCCAUUCAAAAUGAUGACCAAGAAAAUGCCACCAUGAUUGUUAAACCAAAUGCAAAAAAAAUUGAACAAGAACUUUUGGCGAUAUUUGCCGCUUCAAUGCGUCCGCCAGACGAACAAAUUAUCGAUUUUGAACUGGAGAAUGUCAAUACAGCGACCAUGAAAAGUCCACCAAAAUACAUUGUACGACUGAUUCUCGACGAUGGCCAUUUGGACUUUCCGGAAAGUACAAAAUUAAACAAUGUCGGACAGGCCAGUUUGAAUGCCAUUUAUUCCAUAAAAUUUACCACAAGAAUUUCCAAUCAAUUAAAAUUUCAGAUUUUUGAAAAAACAAACUUGGCCAUUCCAUGGCGAAUUGCUGAGACUCAUUACCAAACACCAAAUGAAACAGAAACAUUUCUACCGACUGUGUUGUCGUCCAUUCAUUUCGAAAGUCCAAAAUAUGUUGGUAAAAUUGUGUGUUCGAUUGGAUGGGCAUCAACGGAUCUUGAACCGGAACGUAUUUCAAUUGCAUCGCAAGCAUUAUCAAAAGCAACACCCGCUCAAGGUACGGUUGGUCAAUGGUAUACCGAUCAGUUAAUUGAUCCAAUGGAUCCCGAUAAUCGUGUACUUGUUUCGCUAAUGGAAAAAACUCAAUCAACAUCGGUAAAACAUCAACCACAACAAGAUAUGCAAUCGAAGCAAAAUCUCUUCCGAUUAAAUGAAGACACAUACGCAUUUUGUGAUCGUGAAAAAUUGAAUGAUAACAAACGAAUUGAAUUGUUGAAUGCACGUUUCAAUAGCGAUUUGAAGCUGAAAGAUUGUAAACUUGUGCCGCAUAAUGAGGUUGAAAUUGAGAUUCCAGUCGAUUUAAAAAUAUUCGAAGAUAUGCUAUGGGUCGAUCCGAUCGAUGUGCAACGCUAUCAGGGCAAAAAGUAUUUGAAACAUGUUUACGACAUCAUUACAAAUCAUUGUGAAGUAAUUAAUCGCAGCUAUGAGCAUCGUGAUUUAUUGAUCGGCGAUACGCCACCAACAUUAUAUGGUGCCAUCGAAGCAUUUACGAAUAUUUUCAGCCCAAGACGACCACUCAAUCCACAUCGCAAAACAUUGUUUCGUAAAUCAAAUUUUCACGAGGAUCGGGUGAAUCGAUUUAAUAUCAUAAUAAAUGUAGUCAGAGCCAGCGGAAUACCCUAUCGAAAUUCAAACGAAGUUAUUGUCAAUAGACGCACCAGUUUGGGUUCGACAAUGCAAAAUCUUCAACGUCAUGCCAAUGUAAGACCAUUUGUGACCGCCACUUUUCGCGAUAAGACAUUACGAACAUCAACGGUUGAUGGAUCAAGCCCCACAUGGAACGAACAAAUUGUUAUUCCAAUCAAUGAGGGAAUUAAUCAAAUCAAGGAUUCACUCUGGUUUCACAUGUACGAUGAACUCAUCGAAGACAUACCAUCGAAUGAUAAUUUUAUGACACCGACAUCUGAGAUUUACCAAAAAAUAUCCAGUCAUUAUUUGGGCGAAUUAUUGAUUCCAUUCAGUACAAUUUAUGCCAGCCAAAGGAUCGAAGGUACAUUUGAAAUGAUGACUCCGUUGAUUCUAUUGGGUUACACAAAACCAGCGGUGAAUUUAUCAGAUCAUGGGCCUGAAUCGAAUGGCGGUGUGCUUGAAACGCGUCAAUCAAUUUUAAUUUCAUUGCUAAUCAGUAUCGAGCCCAUCAUUGAAAUUACCCACUUUUCCACAUCACAUUUGGAGUGCAUUGAAUUGACGGCGAUAAAAAAUCGUAUUGACCUAUGGUUGUCCGAAAUAGCUGAUGAAUUUCCACACCGUGCUCAAGAUCCUCUAAUAAGUUUGGCCAAUGGUAAACGGGUCUGUAUAACCCGUCUCAUUGGUCCCAUUGAUAUUCCAUUCGAACGAAAUGAAACGUCUGAAUAUAUGAUUCGACGGUUUGUCUCAUUGAUACCGGUACGACCGCACAAAAAUGUGUGCACAAAAUUGAAUGGUGUUUGGUUGACGAAUGAUCAAAUUUUGAAUAUUUUGAUCGCAUCGCCAAAGGAUUUGGGUGUAUUGUUGACAUGCUUUUAUUUGUCGCUUGGUUUUAAUGCAUAUUUAGUGAUGGGAUUUGCUAUUCCAUAUGGUGACACAACAUUUGUACUGACCAAAGAGAAUAAUGAAUAUUUUUUAAUCGAUCCACAUUCGGGACGAAAAUGUUCAAGCCGUGAUACAUUUUGUGCACUGAUGAAAGUCUAUUGCAUUGUUAAUCCGAAAAAUGUUUGGGCCAAUAUUCAACGUGAGCAACGAGUUUUUAUGCAAAAUUUCGAUACAAGCCAAACAACGGAAUGGCGUGAAUUAUUCACUAAAUCAACACCAGCACCGAAUGAUUUAGCACAUGAUCUCACACUUAAAUACACUGACAGUUUGGAUUGUGGCAAUUUGAAGAAAUCCAUUGAAACGAAAAUCAUGAAGAAAUUCCGAAGUUGGCGCAUGGAACGUAAAACCGUUUGGAACAAACGAUAUACAGAAAUAAUGUUACAAAUUUUAAAAGACCUUGAAGAAGAUCAGUGCUUUGGUGUUGAACAAAAAAUGUACACACAUAAAUUAAUCGAGAGCACGCAAGCAAAGUACAAAAUUAGCGGUUUUCCAAUGAAUAUGCCGUAUGUUAGCAUUUCAAAAAUCAUCGAACGAGUCAAAGCCACCGAAAUUUAUCUAAAUUCCGAUCAAAAGGUUGAAUUUGCACUUGCCGUUCAUAUUCAAUCGUAUCCGAUGAACAUUUUCUCCGUUUGGAUUUUUGUGCUGGCUCUCAUUCCAAUUGCAUAA